UUCAAAACACACAGUGUCCUCGAAUUGUAGAUAAUCUCUGCAUAAUUCUGUCGUAAUCAGAAUUAUAAGCAUUGGUUUUACAAAUAGCUGAUAGUAGAUAAAAGUAUUAUCUUCAUUAAAAAAAGAAAACUUCUGGCAAUGACAGAAGGUUUUUUCUAAGGGCUGAAUGACCAAGGAAUGAGUUGACUUGUUUGUAACCUCAAUAUGAGUAAUAAAACUGGUGGUGGAGAUCCUGUACAGGAAGAGCUACCAGGUAGAGUACGUGAAGUUGGAAACCAAGCAAUUUGGAGUCUGUCGAGUUGUAAACCUGGUUUUGGAGUGGACCAGCUUAGAGAUGAUAUUACAGAGACAUAUUGGCAGUCUGAUGGACAGCUUCCACAUCUUGUGAAUAUUCAGUUUCGUAGGAAAACCACUAUCCGAGAUAUCUGUAUCUAUACUGAUUACAAAUUAGAUGAGAGCUAUACACCAAAUAGAAUAAGCAUCAGGGCAGGCACAAAUUUCAAUGAUCUCCAAGAAGUAGAAUUUAUGGAUCUCAGCGAGCCCAGUGGCUGGGUAGUGAUUCCCAUUAAGGACAUCAAUGAUAGACCUAUCAGGACCUUCAUGAUUCAAAUAGCAGUCAUCAGUAAUCAUCAGAAUGGAAGAGAUACCCAUAUGAGGCAGAUCAAGAUCCAUAGUCCUGCUCAGGAUGCUCUGGGCCCACCAGCUCCACAUAUGCCAGGCCAAUUUCUAACUAAUGAAUUUCAACGAUAUGCUACUAUAAGAUAAUACCGUAUUUUUCUUUAUAAGUCCAUAAGAAACCGUAAAUAAAUUGGUUUGAUAGAAAUAUUUUGUAUAUAAAAUUCAAACUCUUUUGUACACUUAUAUCGGUUUUGAAUAUAAGAAAUGUAAACAGAA